AUGCAUUCCCUUUAUCUGGUAACCAUCCUCGGCCUCGCGCUGGGGAUGAAGGCAAUGAUAAUCGAACCCCGCCAAGCUACGGGUAUCACAGUUGACCUCGGGAAAACAUACCAAACCAUGGAUGGCUUCGGCACAUCGGAAGCUUUCCAGCGCGCCUUGACCAUGAAGCGACUCUCGGAAACGGAGCAGCGCAAGUUCUUGGACCUGAUGUUCAGCAUGGAUAAAGGGGCUGGACUUAGUAUCCUACGAAACGGAAUCGGAUCCUCCCCGGACAUGAGCGACGACCACAUGGUAUCGAUUCAACCGAGGAACCCCGGGGGUCCCAAUGCCGAACCUAAAUACGUCUGGGACGAGUCUGACAACGGCCAGCUGUGGGUAUCAACCGAGGCGGCGCACACAUAUGGCGUGAAGACAUUCUACGCAAAUGCCUGGAGUGCACCAGGGUACAUGAAGACGAAUGGGAACGAUGCCAACGGCGGUAGCUUGUGUGGCGUGUCGGGGGCGAGCUGCUCCAGCGGUGACUGGAAGCAGGCGUUUGCCAAUUACCUGGUACAGUACAUCAAGUACUACGCCGCCGCUAACGUCUCCAUCACCCACCUUGGCUUUCUUAACGAGCCUGAUUACACGACAUCGUAUGCGUCAAUGCGCUCUUCUGGAUCCCAGGCCGCCGACUUUAUCCAAGUCCUUCGGCCGACUCUUGACAGAAACGGCCUGGCUUCGGUAAUCAUAAACUGCUGUGACACGAUGGGAUGGACCGUGAUGAACAGCAUGUUGAGUCAGAUGGGCAGCACGCAGUCCAUCCUCGGCACCGUGACGGGACACAGCUACACGUCCAGCCCCACCUCCCAGCUGUCAACCAAACUCAAGACGUGGAUGACGGAGGGUGCCGACAACAACGGCGCGUGGACAUCAGCGUGGUACUCCAAUGGCGGCGCGGGAGAGGGCAUGACGUGGGCCAACAACAUCUACUCGGCCAUCACGGGCGGUAAUGUGUCGGCAUACCUAUACUGGAUCGGCGGGCAGGACCGUAGCAGCAACACCAACAGCAAAAUGAUCCGCGUCGUCAACAGGCAAGUUGACCCAUCCAAACGCCUGUGGGCAAUGGCCAACUGGAGUCGCUUCGUAAGACCAGGCGCUGUGCGUGUGGGGGCUUCAGGUAGCGGCGUGAGGACGACGGCUUUUCGUAACGUGGACGGGAUGGUCUCGGUUCAGGUUAUCAACAGUGGCGGUGAGCGGGCUGUGACUAUCACUGUUGGUGGUGGCGACUUUGUGGCUACCAAUGCCACGGCAUGGGUGACAGACAACACUAGGGAUUGCAACCCCAUUGCAGCUACAGUGGAUGCUACUGGGAAGGUCUCGGGAAGCGUGCCGUCGAGGAGCAUGGUCACGUUUGUGUUGCGCCCUGCUUCCGCGGCAAAGGUUUGA